GCUCCGCAACAUUUCUCCGUCCCGGAUCGGCAACCCAAUGUGAUUACAAACUUCAUUCACUACCAACAGCUCACUACUCUAUACUCCGGCUUCCUGCGGCCCAUGCCUGGGAAACUAAAUUACGAGAUAACUACCGAGCAACGUGCACUGAAAGGCAAUACGGCUGGGAAAACCUCCGUGCGUGGGCUUGUUGCCUACUAGCCGUAAUUCUACGUUGGCCCCGCCUGUAUACAUGGACGUAUUCGAUAUGUACACAAGUAAUACCCAGCUACCGCUAAAGCGUAGGCGGGUUGUCACUUCAUGUUCCGAAUGCCAUCGCAGGAAACAAAAAUGUGAUCGCAAGUCCCCGUGUAACAAUUGCUUAGCGCGCAAUGUCGCAAGGAAAUGUUUCUACAACGCGCUUCAAAGUUCUGGCCAGAUAGCCGAACCAUCAGAAGUCUUGGGGCCAGAGGACGGCCAGAAUCAUGCGCCGGUGGUUCCAGCUGGUAAUGUUCACAGCUCGGGAGAUCUCGGCUACUCCUUGAUUACUGGGAGCAACGCUUUUGUGGGAUUGAAAGACGUGCUCCAAGACGAAGACGAGUUUCGGCAAAUUACAUCCGCUCAUAACCGUCCGUUUCGUUCAAGUGUUUUGAAAACACAUGCCCACACACUGAUAUCACACCUACCUUCAAAACCAGUACUGCAACGGCUCGUUAAAGUAUUCUUCGAGGAGGUCAACUGGCAUUACUUUAUACUCGAAAGGUUCUAUUUUGAUGACCUCUUCUCACGCUGGCAAACCACCGAAAUGCGCCCCGUUGAGUAUCUGCAUAACCAAGAGCUAUCUAUUGAGCUACAGUACUUCCCAGCUCUUCUAUUUCAGGUGGUCGCCCUCUCACUUCAAUUUCUACCACCUGACGCGCUCGCUCUGCCCCAACUCUCAUCGAAAGAGCUUUGCUCAUCAUACAGGUACAGCGAAUUGGGCGAUGAACUUGUAACAAUAUUGGGUAGACAUGGUGUAACGCUCACUGCGGUCUUAGCAGACUUCCUGCGGGCAUCCUGGCUCAAGAAUUUUGGAAGGGGUAUUGAAGCAUGGCAUAGUGCAGCGAAUGCCAUCAGGCAAGCGCAGGAGCUCGGUUUGCACCGGCAACGCGACAUUCACCAAUCAAGCCUGAACAGUAUCGAACAAACAUUAAGCAUGAUAUGGUAUGAUGAUUUCAAAAAGCGUGUUUGGAUUAACUUGUUUGUAUGGGAUAGUCUAAUGGCUAUGAUACUUGGCCGCCCACGAAUCAUCCACCCGGACGACUGCAAUAUGAAACCGCCAAUCGACUGUAACAUCCCCAAGGAUCCCUCGAAGACAGUUCCAAUGACGGUACAGCCCGGUGAACCUCCAAAUGGGCCUACUACAGUUUCUGCAGGCUUAUUUCGGUACGACUUGGCGUGCAAGUUUCAUGAGUUGAGGGCUCUAAAAGCAGAUAGGCCCCAUUUAAAGGACCAUACUAUCAUCAAAGGUCUACACGAACAGGUGAUAUCGUUGUUAGAAAAUGUGCCGCCAUAUCUUAGAUUUAAGAAUCCCGAUCCUUCCUGGGACAGAGAGUACCCUUUCCUGCCCCAGCUUCGUGAGGAGGUUUUCAUGACAGCGAACCUGUUUUUGAUGACGUUGCACCGACCGCACAUCCUUGCUAGUGCAGAAAGCCGAAAGGCUGCAUUGGAAGCGGCACUGGCCACGUUAGAAUCACAACAGCGAUUCUUCGGGCAAACCAGUGAACAUCACUACCCCUUGUUUGGGCUCGCAUUCUACACUAUCGACGCGUCUAUUCUACUAUCCAUCAUCGUAGCAUCGUACCCGCCGCAUAGUCACGAACCGAGACAGUACGUCUACCAUGUUCUCCAGCAAGCAAUCGAGCGACUAUCCCAUAUACAACCUUACAAUCCAAUAGCCAGGGCAGGACUCGGUAUUGUGCAGCGAUGUUAUGAAAAGUUGAAGGAAGCCUGUCACUCCCCUGCCAUGACCUCCGGAACGUCAUCAUCAUCGGCUGUGUCUCCUCGGUUUGAGCUACAGGAUCUCCGCCAAGAAUUGAGGCAUCAGAAUAGUGUGCCAGCAGAGCUAGAUCAAUUAGCACCUGAGCUUUCUGUGAUACCCGAUAGCUUUGGCGAGGCAUACUGGCUUGACCAGCUGAGCCUCAUCCAACCGCCGCCCACCGUUGGGCAGGAGCCCGACUUGUUUUGGGAUUCCUUAUUAUUCGAACGUGAUGUGGUUUAGUGAAGGUAUACCCGUGUGAACUCUAUAUUUUUGCAAUGUAAGAUUUUCAUUCUGGUGUGGGAUUUGAAAUGGCCUACAGAGCAUUUAGGUCUCGAAGCAGGUCAUCAUCGACAGCUACAACUGUAAGCUGGGCAUAAAAAAGGCAUACCUGGCGCUUCAUGAAAGCUUCUUCCAUAGUGGUCCUAGAUUUAACAUUUUACCGAGGAGAUAGAGUGUUGAUUAUAGCCCACACCUGAUUUCAAUAAUGACUCAGAAAGGACCGCUGCAACAACACCUCGUAGAAUUUCAAAUCUUAGAUACAUAAGAAUGACUCCUAACAGCUGUGGCUACCCUCCUGCUCCGUACUCUUGCAUCCACUACUGCAGAGCUUUGGAUGGCCG